AUGAACGGUCGUCUCUGCUACUGCAAUUCUCAAGGUACAUGGACCGAGAUGAAUUGUAAGGACAUAGCUCAAAAUCAACACUGUCAGCCAGGUCAGAUUAUAUGGCAAGGCUGUAAGCAAUGUGUAUGUCAAGCAAACAUCCAACUUUUGUGCACAAACGUGUUUUGCCAUAGCGAUGCUAGGAAAGCUUCAAUGCAAUCAGCAUUCCUUGAGUAUGGCUCAAAGUGCUUGCCCUUUCAAACGUACUACGUCAAUUGUAGUCUUUGCUUAUGCCCAGCAUCGGGACAGCCUUUAGAUGCACAGUGUGUUCCAGACCCGUCGUGUCCUCUAGAACCAUAUAAUAUAGACAUAGUAACACUUUUCAAAAGAAACCACUGCAUGUCUAAAGUGAUAUACCUGUUUCCAUGUAUCCAAUGUAUUUGUUCUGAAACUGGAUUUUUUGUUCCUGAUAAAUGUAUACAAAGAUGUUUGCCUCAAAAUCAAAGUGUAUCUAAAUGCAAACCCGGAUCUUUAUAUAAAAAUGAUCGUAAAGUUUGUAAAUGCCCAGAUAGCGGCAUACGUGAUAACAAACUGUGUGUAAAAUCUGAACACACCAAUGACUCUAGAAAUACUAAUUUAAAUGUCUUAAGAAGUCCUGCAAUUCGAUGUAACCCAGGCACUUUCACCAAACCCAAAUGUUUGUUUUGUGGCUGUAACUCUGAGGAUACUAUAGACGACGGAACCUGUCUAGAAUUGAAUUGUACGACGGCAUCAAACUUGAUGUAUUAUAAUAGUCAGUCAGGAGUUUGUAAUCCUGGCGAACUAGUUCCAAUUUGCUUGGAAUGCUUUUGUUUAAGUCACGGUUUUAGUAAUCAAACAUACUGCACCAGUACUUGCACUUACGAAAAUAAGAUUAGAAUUUUAGAAAACGUUUUUAGUAAGAGACUGAUUGAUCCAAACAUAAUUGACAAAGCGAAAAUCAAAGGUAUAAAUACGAACGACUCAUGUAACUCUAAUACCGUUUACUUCAAUGAUGGACGAUACUGUUUAUGUUCAGGUGACGGUAAUGUAGAGUUAUAUUGUACUUCCAUUUUAGAAAAUCCUACAUUGCAGGCUAAAUAUUCAGAAAAUAGAAAUAAAGUUGAUUUAAAUAAAAGCUGUGAACCUAACACUUUGGUUGAUAUUGAUUGUAAUACAUGUUAUUGCUCAAAGAAUGGUAAAAUUGAUCCAAAAUGGUGUACUUACGAUGAUUGUGAAGCCAAACGAUUAGUUGUAGAGUCGCAUAAAUCUCACAAUGUUCAUGAUUCCAUUGAAGAAUCAACUGGGGUUUGCACUCCGGGCUCUAUAUCUACAGUGAAAUGUAAUUUUUGCAUAUGUCCAGAAAGUGGAGUUUUGAAAGAAAGAGCAUGUACCAAAAAUAGUUGUUAUGACUAUAUUGAUGUCACUGACAGCAAAUUGACUUGUGAACCCCUGGCUUAUUAUGAAGUAGACUGCAACAUUUGCUACUGUCCUCGCGAUGGACUGAAGAAUGUAGACAAAUGUACGAAAAACCAAUGUGAAAAAAGUUUCUUAAGAUCUACCACAUGCGUACCAGGAAAUCUCUUCAGUGAUGAUUGUAACGUGUGUGUUUGUCCCCCAAAUGGCGACAAAGCAGACAAAGUUUGUACAAACCAUACAUGUCGUGUUCCAUCCUGGAGCGCUUUUAAACUAUCAGAAAGCUUAUUAGAUAACCAAGUGAAAGACGAAUCCAAGCGGAGUUUGGAUUUAUGUUUUCCUGGAGAAGAAUUUGCGAUGGGCUGUAAUUUAUGCGUUUGCUCAGAAUUGGGGUUAAAGACAUAUGCAAACUGUGAACCAAUGUUAUGUGAUGAUGAUAGAGAAAGUCAAAAUAGGAACCUAUCGUUGGAUAAUGACAGAGAGAAUGAGGAGAAGACAAUAUCAACUCAUUUCCUCAACAAAUCGAGGCAUCCUCGUACCCGUAGAGACUUACACGAUAGUUGCUUACUUUACAAUGUAUCUCGCAGCAGUGAAAGAAAAGAAUGUACUCCUGGAUCCAUGUACAUAAUUAGGCCGCUGCCUAAAGAUGUUUAUUGUGAGAAGGCUUUCCCAGAGUUUGAUUAUUUACCUAUGGGACGGCGACAUGUUAAUAAUUCGGCAUUACAAACAGAAUCCAAAAAUAGAACAAGAAAGCAUGUAACAAUAAAAGUGAAACACACGAGCCACACAACCUAUAAAUGUGAAAAACCUGGGAAUAUUGAAGAUGAGUGUUUCAUUUGCGAAUCUCCUCUUCUAUGGCUUAAUAAUAAUUUUAAUCUAAAAUGUCAGCCAAAUAAAGUAUAUAAAACAAGUGAUGGCAACUGUCUUUGUACUGAAAAGGGAAAUUGGCCUAACGAACGUUGUCGCUUAUACUUCCAAGACCAGCAUACUAAGCUAGACUGUGAACCAAAUAAGUAUGUUAUUAUUGACUGUAAUAUUUGUCGAUGUGGGGUUGAUGGCAAAAUAGAUAAAAACCAAUGUACAAAACAUUUAUGUAGUACACAAAGAUCUAGAAAAUCUAACACAAAUGGUGAUUGUGAGCCUAACAUGUGGUACUCGUUGUCUCCUUGUCGUUUAUGCUAUUGCGUAAAUAAACAUAAAUUGAUUUGUAAUCAUAAUGAUGGCAGCCCAAAAGUUAAUAUCGGCAAAUAUGAAGCAAAUUCCUGUGGCAAAAUGUUAUUGAACGAUCUAAAAGAUUUAGUACCUAUUGAAUAUAAAAAGCUAAAUGUUAGAGACAAUAAACAUAAGAUUUCUAAAAAGAAGAAAUCAAAAAAUUAUUCAGUUGAAAAAAGAGGAAAAUCAUCCAAAAAAAGUAAACGCAAUAAAAAAACUUGGAUAAACAAUAAAGAUAAAGAUUCGAAUUCAGUUGGUGUUGCAAGCACUAUAUCAAAUGAUAAAAACGAUAAAAUAUAUGAUACAAAUUACUUAUAUAAUAUAAAGAAUAAUCCCAAACAUACAGAUUUUGGAUCCGAUAUUUUUAUAAGCAAAGAAAUAAAUUGGAGUGAUGAAAGUUCCAAAAUAAACAAAAGAGAUAAGUUAGAACUGAAAUUUCCCGACUUUUUGAGUCUUGUCAUGCGAAAAUCUAUGGUUUCCCUCGAUUCGGGAACUCAUUGCAAGCCAGGCACUACUACGAAAGUGGAAUGUAAUAUGUGUUAUUGUUUAGUUAAUGAUAGAAUGCUCUGUACUAAGAACGCUUGU